CUCGAGAAUCAGAGGAAAGCGAGUGAGUGUGGCGGCGCUAGUAGGGUAUCCACACACCCAAAGGGCUGAAACGGCGCUCACGUGACCGGCAGCUGCUACUGGAGAUCGAAAGAGGGAGGGAGAGCCAGACACCCGGUGGAACGAGACCGGAGGGGAACAGCAGCAUGGACAAUCUAAACGAUGCCCUGGAAAAAUUGAAGCUUACUGGAACUGAGUGCACAUCUGACAAGCUCGACGGGUGUUUCGAUUGCCUGCUUCAGGCACUUGGCCAUAACAAUACAGAGAGCAGUGAAAAGAUUCAGCAAUCUGGGAUUCUUCAACUGUUUGCCAGUAUUCUAAAUUCACAAUCCUCUUGUGCUUCGAAAGUCGCUCACAUAGUAGCAGAGAUAGCAAAAAAUGAAUUAAUGCGUAUACCCUGUGUAGAAGCUGGUUUAAUUCCACCACUGGUGCAGCUUUUACACUCUAAGGAUCAGGAAGUUUUACUGCAAACAGGAAGAGCUCUUGGAAAUAUAUGCUAUGAUAACCAUGAGGGCAGGCGUGCAGUUGACCAAGAGGGUGGUGCACAAAUUGUAGUUGAUCAUUUACGGUCAAUGUGCACUUUAACAGAUCCAUCCAGUGAGAAGCUCAUGACUGUCUUUUGUGGCAUGCUGAUGAACUAUAGCAGUGAGAAUGAUUCUCUUCAAACCCAGCUCAUACAAAUGGGUGUAAUUCCUAUUUUAGUGGAUCUCUUAGGAGUUCAUUCUCAGAACACUGCAUUGACAGAGAUGUGCCUUGUAGCGUUUGGUAAUUUGGCAGAACUUGAGUCAAGCAAAGAGCAGUUUGCCGGAACAAAUAUUGCAGAAGAGAUUGUUAAACUUUUUAAAAAGCAAACCGAACACGAAAAAAGGGAAAUUAUUUUUGAAGUUCUGGCUCCAUUGGCAGAAAAUGAUGCAAUCAAGAUGCAGCUAGUAGAAGCUGGCUUGGUGGAAUGCCUCCUCGAUGUAGUUCAGCAGACUGUAAAUAGUGAAAAAGAUGAUGAUAUUGCUGAAUUAAAAACGUCUUCAGAUCUUAUGGUUUUGCUACUCCUGGGUGAUGAGUCCAUGCAAAAACUCUUUGAAGGGGGAAAGGGAAGUGUCUUUCAAAGGGUGUUAUCAUGGCUUCCCUCCAACAAUCACCAACUGCAACUUGCAGGCGCCCUUGCAAUUGCAAAUUUUGCAAGGAAUGAUGGAAACUGUAUCCAUAUGGUGGACAGUGAGAUUGUACAGAAACUUCUAGAUCUUCUAGACAGACAUGUAGAAGAUGGGAAUGUAACCGUACAACAUGCAGCACUCAGUGCCCUUAGGAACUUGGCCAUUCCUGUUGUGAAUAAAGCAAAGAUGUUGUCUGCCGGGGUUGCAGAAGAAGUUCUGAAAUUCCUUCGUUCUGAAAUGCCUCCAGUGCAGUUUAAACUACUAGGAACUUUGCGAAUGCUAAUAGAUGCACAAGCUGAAGCUGCUGAACAAAUAGGAAAGAAUGAAAAACUAGCGGAACGCUUAGUUGAAUGGUGUGAAGCCAAGGACCAUGCAGGUGUUAUGGGAGAAUCUAAUAGGCUACUCUCAGCACUCAUACGGCACAGUAAAUCAAAGGAUGUAAUUAGAACAAUUGUUCAAAGUGGUGGAAUAAAGCACUUGGUCACCAUGGCAACCAGUGAACAUGUAAUAAUGCAAAAUGAAGCCCUCGUUGCUUUGGGAUUAAUAGCUGCAUUAGAAUUACAAGCUGCCGAGCAUGAUCUAGAGAGUGCUAAGUUAGUUGAGGUCCUGCACAGACUGUUGUUGGAUGAGAGAAGCGCUCCAGAGAUAAAGUACAACUCCAUGGUCCUGAUCUGUGCUGCAAUGGGCUCUGUACCUCUACACAAGGAAGUUCAGAAGCUAGCAUUCCUCGACGUUGUAUCUAAAUUACGGAGCCAUGAGAACAAAACAGUUGCUCAGCAGGCUUCUCUAACAGAGCAGAAACUUACUGUACAGAGCUGAGAUUUGUUUGCACACAAUGUCUAUAACACUGAAUUCAUUGUUCUCCCCUGUUUUUGCCAAUGUCCCCAUUAAUUGUGUUGUUUUAUUUGUGCAUGUUUGUUAUGAGACCUCGGUUACCUUUGUUAUGAGCCAAUGUAGGUACCGCUACGACCAUAUUGUUCCACUUCUAUCCUUGUUGCUUGAUCCCAAGGGUAAAUGUGCAUGUGUAGUCCUUUGCUGUACAAGUGAUACUCUGUGCUCCUUUGAUGCUCCCUGAACUGCAUUUGUAGAGUAUUGCUAGAUUAGGGUUAAUGCAAAAUACAGCCAGUUCUUUUUAAAUUGGAUUAUCAAAUGUAGUAACACCAGCACCAUUGUUUGGUGCUCUGUAAGAAUACUAGGAAGGGACUGUAUUGCAGCACAUUCACUGGUCUUGACUGUUUCUCUUAAACAUGUGGUACAGUACCUAGAGUUAACUAAUAAAACUUCUGGUUCCCUCUUAGA